AUGGCUUUGGCUUUAUGCGCUGUACGCAGAUCAGCAUCUAAGUUUGCUUCCGUGUGUGGUGGUCGAGUCCAAAUGAUCUCCGCCGCUAUGAACCGUCCGUCUCUAGCUCUCAACCCGUCACAGCUGCGUCCCUUUGUCUCUCGUAGCUUUUCUUACCCAAUGGGUGCUGAUCAGCUGAACUCCGAGCAAACGCUUAUCCGUGAGAUUGACUCCGAGAUCAAUUCUGCUUAUCAAAUCAAUGAUGAUACGGAUGAGUAUGAAGAGACGACUCCAGAAAUCUUACCUUUCAGAAUUGAAGAUGAUGGAGGUAAGACCGUGACAUUGACUAGAGACUACGAAGGGGAACACAUCAAAGUUGUAGUAGGCAUGCCUGGUGAAACUCUUGAUCCUUCUUAUUAUGGAAAUGGUGAUCAUGAUUAUAAGAUUCCACUAACCGUGAAUGUUACCAAGAAGAGUGGACUCAGCCUCCAGUUUCGCUGCACGGUUAUGGAUGAUGAUAUCGAAAUAAAUGAUGUAUUUGUGGAUCAGUCGGGGGAUUCUUUGAAAGAUCAACGAGAGGAUGAUGAACGGUCAUCUGAUUUCAAAGACGCGGAAUAUAAACUGCGGAUGGCGUUCCACGAUUAUCUAGAAACUAGAUUGACAAAAGGCACAAGUUCAUUUUUGUAUGAGUACAUGACGAGUGGGGACAAGCGACGGCACUUGUUAUGGUUGAAGGAUAUUAAGACGUUUUUGGAUGAUCAAUCUUAA